GCAUUCUCUCUCUCUCUCUCUCUCUCUCUCUGCUUGGAGGGAAUGCCUCUCCCGAAGCUCACCGGUCCCAUCAGCGUGCAGGAUGCGCGCUUUCCACUGAUGCUGUGAGUCUGAGCCACAGCGACGCCGUUAAUGCAUUUGGUUUGGUGUUUAAACGCAGCUGAUGCGCGUGGAGAGAGAGGCGCGUGAGCGGCACGUGAGAGGCGCGUGAGAGGCAGAGCAGGGAGGAGAGCGGAGACCCCCAUCACCUCACACCGACUACUGAGUGUACUGAGGUCUUCAUCAUCGUUCAAUUUAAACAUGGACAAAUAUUCGGACAUGGCUACAGACAGUGGGAUCAUGUCCUCUUCACACAGCCAGGACAUCUCUGACUACCAUGUCAGUGUAAUCCAUGAUCCUCCUUCAUGGGAGUUUGGUGUGUACCUGUUGGGGUUCCUGGUUUUGCUUGGCAUUGUCGGAGUAAAUCUGUGGAAACUAUGGAGGUCUGGAUCUUUCCCUGCUCCCUCACCAUACCCCAACUUCAAUUACCGCUACCUCCAGGAGAAAUAUGGCACCUCUUACUCUGAAGUCAGGCAGAAGUGCGUUGCAGCUUCUAACCACCGAAGAGCUUCAUCUGCAAGCCGUAAGCCCAGCCUACAGCUGGCUGACACUCCUGACAGUUUUCGUGAACUCGGCCCUCUGGAGCUCAUGAGCCGGGAUCUGGAGAUGAAACGCUCUGCUUCAGUCGACUCUCUGUGCUCCAUCUCGUCCAUUGCCCAGUCCUUCGGCCAUGAUGUCACGGUGGGCCAGCUGGAGGUGACACUGGAGCUUGAAGCACGAUCGUCAUUAUUACAUGUCACCCUGCAUCAGGCCAAGGAUCUCAUGGAAAAGGAAGAGGAGAAUUUUCCUGGCUGUUACGUCACUGUCACACUUUUACCUGACGAGAUCAAUGUUGGCGUCACACGGAUCCAGACCAACGCCUUUACCGUGUUGUUUGAUGAGCGUCUCUCUAUUCCAAUUGAAGCAGCAGCUGUGGAUGAGUACAGCCUACGUUUCUCAGCCUUUGGAGUGGACUUGGAUGAAAGGAACAUCAGUGCGGGACAAGCUGAACUCAAACUGUCUGACCUAGACUUGUCCAUACGGCCUUUCAAUGCUUGGCUCUACCUCCAGGAUAUCAAUAAGGCUGUGGAUGCCGUUGGAGAGGUUCUGCUUUCGCUCAGUUACCUACCUACGGCAGAGCGCCUAACGGUGGUGGUGGCUAAAGCAAAGAACCUGGUCUGGACUAACGGCAAAACCACUGCAGAUCCGUUCGUGAAGGUGUACCUUCUGCAAGAUGGAAGGAAGAUCAGUAAGAAGAAAACCUCAAUUAAAAGGGAUGAUACAAACCCUAUCUUCAACGAGGCUAUGAUCUUCUCCGUGCCUGCUGUUGUGCUUCAGGACCUCUCUCUAAGAGUCACGGUGGCUGAAAACACUGAAGACGGGCGUGGUGAAAACGUAGGUCACGUUAUCAUCGGGCCAGAAGCAAGCGGCAUGGGCAUCACUCACUGGAACCAAAUGCUGGCGACUCUGCGCAAACCUGUCUCCAUGUGGCACCCGCUGCGGAGGACCUAAUCUGAUUUUUACCCUCCUGUUCCCGCCUGCAUGGUGCCUACUGUCUCUGUGACCCAAACUAUAAAGACUUCUAGAUGAAAAAAGGUCAAGAGGUCGUUAUUCAGGAAAACCGUUCUAUUUUAAAGCAGUUGCACAGCUGGGGUCUUGUAAAAGAAAAGACUGAAACCCUGUCUGUCUCUGCUUUAAGUCCCAGGUCCUUUUAUCCAGGUUAAAUCUGUCUUCAUUUGUAGCAGUUAUAACAGGGUGGCUGACCUAAAAGAGCGCCAGUCUACACACUGCGUUGUAGUCAUUUGUUCAGUUGUGUUAGGAAUUAGUGCAGCUGCAUUCUCAUUACCUACAAAUUAUUAUUAUUAUUAUUAGGUGUUCUGUGUUUUCUAUAUUUAUGCUCAGUUAAAAGCAAUAGAUCAAACCUGUAUGAGACAUUUAACGAUUUCUAAGUUAGACCUCAGUAUUCAAAGAAAGUGAAAAGAAAUUAUUUUCUAAAGUGCAGUCGUAUUCCCAUCUAUCGACAGCUAGAAAAGUAGACAUGCUGUUAAAGCUUUGUGUCGUAUUAUGAUGGAAUGUGAAUGCAUUAAAACACGAAUUGUAUUUAAUAUAUAUAUUUUUUUUCAUGUUCCUCCUGUGCCCUAUGUUUGCCUGCACUUUGGAAAUUUAUUCCAAACAUUGUUUAUGAAUUUUCGGAAUUUCUUUUUAACUUUCCGCAUUUUUUUUCAUUCUGUUUUUAGAUAUUUGUAAAAAAGAAUGUCAUGCCUCCACCUGAAUACCAUGAGGAGUUUGGCAAUAAAAUUCCUUUUAUUUAGCAGAAAAUCCAGUUAACAUUCACAUCCAGAUAAAGGCAGAACACUAAAACUUUUCUCAUUAUCAACUUCGUGACUUAUUUCUCGUUGUGUGCAGGAGACUCUCUGUUCAAAUAUUGUAUUGACUAACCAGGUUCAAGUUUUCUCAAUGUAGGCUACGUGACUAGCGUAAGUGCAACUAUCUCAGUACAGCGUUCGAGGUUUCAAGACUAACUCCAUUGUACACAUUUUUUCAUCCUGUGCCAAAUCAACCACUAGAAAAGCAAUAUUUUAUUUAGGCUUGAGUCUAUAUUAUGUUUGUGAUUAAUGAGAUUUAAAGAAAAAAACAUUUUGCAGUGCAUGGAAAUGUAAUAAAUAUGGUAUAUUGAUGUU